UUUUAAGACAGAGUUUGUAUCGGAGAACAAUUCAACUUGGUGUUCAAGCCUAUAAUUCGAGUGCGCCCAGAUUUCAGGUAAAAUUUGGAAUCGGAUUACAAUUAUUCUUCUUCUUUCUUGUUGUUUAUUUACAGAGAAUUGGAUUGUGUUUUCUUAUUAUGCUCAGCUAAACAAUCAAAAAAUCUGGUAAAAAUAUAAUCUUUUGCCACAUUAAUUCACACAGAAUUUUGAUAAAAUCGAGAAGAUGAACAAUCACAAAGCCGAUCGACAUACAUAUAAUCUGCGAAAACGGAAGAGGAUACACGACGAGCAGGUGGCGACGGAUGAUGAAGUGCGCGUAAAGAAACCGAAUGCUACAACUACUACCGGGGGGAUCGGGAUAGAUAAUUUGGCCGUAAAGGAACAUGAUACUACGACUACUACCGGGAUUGGGAUUGAUGAGUUGCCGGAUGAUAUGCUUAUUGCGAUUCUAUCUCGUAUGAGCGUCAAGGAAGCUGCUAGAACUAGUGUUCUCUCUUCUCGAUGGAGAAAUUUGUGGAUGUCUACAUCUAGGGAUUUGGUGUUUGAUGCUGCGGAUACUUCCGGAGGAGCAGUAAUGAAAAUGGAAAAGUUUGCAGAUAUGGUGGAUUACACCCUACAGUUGUACGAGGGUACAGGUGUUGAUAGCCUCAGUAUUCGUUUUUCUAAUAUACAUGAAGACGAUGAUGGUGUGAUAUCUCAUUCCAUUUAUAGUUGGGUAUAUUUUGCCAUGCUUAAGCAAGUGAAAAGGUUCGAAUUGGAUUUGUCGGUCGCCGGUGGUUUUCAUUACAACUAUGAGUUUCCCGAGGUUUUGACGUGGCUACUAGGAUUUCCUCCUGAAAAGUGGUUUCCGCUGGAGUGCAAGUCCAAGAACGGUGUUCGCGUUUUAAGAUCACUUGGUGCUUUUCGCUCUUUGAGGUCCCUUCGAUAUCAAUGACACUGCGGUUUGGUAUUUUCUCAGCUCGUGUCCUGUUAUCGAAGAGUUAUCCAUAAGAGCCUCCGAUACUAUCAUAAAUCUUCAAGUUUUCGAUCCGCCUAGCUUGAAAGUAUUGGAAAUAGUCGACUGUCCGAACAUUAAGAGUCUGGUGAUAUCUUCUGCGACUCUUGUCUCCUGUACAUACAUCGGAAAGAAAAUCAGUUCGCCUCAAGAAUGUUCCGAAUCUCUCUGAGCUGACUCUAGGCGGGAAGUUUUGUACGUCCUUCAUUUACGAACCUAACAAACAUUCGAGCUAUUCGCUUCAACUGGCGAAGCUUGUAUUGAAUCUUCAAACCGUGGUAGGUUGAAAUUUGCAUUAUUUCCCGAGUAUAAUAAAUAACUAAUCUUAGCAAUCACAAAAAAACAUUACUGACAUUUUCUUUUUCUUUUUUUAAUUUCCAGAGCUUCAUUCAGAGAAAAAUUGCUCAAAUUGAUCUGCCUCAGUUACAUGGUCUAAAGCGGCUGGAGUUGAACGUCGUGUCACAAGUUGGGCGAAGCCUUCUCUUUUUCAUAUCAUUGAUCAAGGCAUCUCUCGUUUGCACGAGUUUAAAUUGAAGGUAAAUUUUUGUUUUUUUCUUUUUCUUUCGAAGAAUCGUACGUACUCUUUUUACCUUUUGAAAUGCGUAUUGAGAUAGCUUUUUUCUUCUUUUGUUUUUUUGUAACGUUGUCACAGAUAGACUACUUGGUGGCUCGCCAAUCGUCUGACGAUUCCAUCAUAAGAGAAAGAUUGAUGCCGUUUCCAGAAGUAACUUCAACGGAGGAAUAUAUGUUCGAGCAUAAGAAUCUAAAGGUGGUUAAAAUAGGAGGCUACUGUGGGUGCGAAAGUGAAGAGCAGUUCGUCGUGCAACUGUGUAAGAUAGCAUCACUCGAGAAGGUCUUGAUCGAUACGGAUUGUGAUUAUUAUUUGGAUCAUGUGGAAAACUACAUUGCAAUGUAUAGACUCAGAAAAGAAUGGAAAAAUCCGAUGAGCAAGAGAAUGAGAAAGGGAGAGCCGAUGACGAACGGGGCAAUGACACCGUUGCUUGCCAAAAAGCAUGCCCGGAAAUUGAGAUCAACUUGUAACACUAAGUUUGUUAUAACUUAACCAUGCAGAUGAUGCCUGCCUUGAAGGGCUAUGUAACAUUAUAAAAAUUUUAAAUACAAAUGUUUUAAAUUUAUGUUUACUUUUUAGGGUUAAUUGCAAAUACCACCCCUGUGAAAUCUCUAAUUUUUAAAUAUUCCUUAUUAAAAAAAAUUCACCGAUACCACCUUUUGUAACAUAUUUUGAAGCAUAUUGCACCCAUUGCCAUUUUAAUCUUUGACCAAGCGUAAAAAGACGAGAAUGCCCCGAGAUUGUAUUGCAAUUAGUAAGUCAUAUUAGGUUUUAACUUUUUUUAAUAGUUUUUUCAAGUUUAAACGAAAAAUUCAAAAU